AUGUCUCGUACUCAGGCUAAUAAAGAGAACUGGGAAGUCCCUAAGAAAGUUGGGAACUCUAAGAGUAGAGGCAAGACUGUGAGCACAAAUUUGGACAGCAAACAGAAUGUGUUCAAGGUUCUUCAAGAACAGGAAACAGGGGAGAAAAAUGGCUGGAAUGUAAGGGGUUUGAAUAAGAGAGACAAACAACAUGCUAUUCUGAGUCUCUUAAAGAUGAAUAAAGUGGGUAUUUGUGCUUUAUUAGAGAAUAAAUUAAAGAGGGAUAAGGCUAAUGAUAUGAUGUAUAAAGUGUUUUUUGCCUGGGAUCACUAUAGCAGUACGAUUGCUGAGAGCAGAUUACUGGUUCUUUGGAGGAAGUCUUUUGUCAAGGUUCAGGUGUUGUUGGAACACCAGCAAUUUAUACACUGUUUGGUUAAAUUUUCUAGCUUACAGCUGGAAAUACUUAUCACCUUUGUUUAUGGUUUUAACUUUUUGACUGAGAGGUUGGAUAUGUGGAGGGGUUUAUCUUCUCUUCAUAUUUCGAACAAGCCGUGGCUGGUUGUGGGAGAUUUCAACGCUGUUUUUAAUUUUGAUGACAGAUUAGGAGGAAAGGUUAUUAGUGCUAAUGAGAUUCUUGACUCUACUGCUUGGCUAGCUUGUUCUCAGCUAGCUACUCUCAAGUGUAUUGGAUCUAACUUUACCUGGUUUAAAAAGACAGUUAUGGCAAGUUGGCUCAAGCCUAUGACAGCAGGGGGCUUAUUAGGAGUGACUAAGAAACUGCUAAGGCUGAAGCAUGUCCUGAAUGUGUUUAAUAUAAAGGAAAUUGGAGAUAUUGAGCAAGGUUAUCAUCAUGCUAAGGGAGACUAUCAGCUGGCUUUAUCUAAAGCUCAAGAUUCUCCUUCAGAUGCUACUGCUCAGGAGGCUGAAAAGAUAGCUGCAAUUUUCUAUAAAGAUCACUAUGCUCGAUAUAGAAGUUACUUGAUUCAGCGCAGCAAGGUUACAUGGCUGCAGAAGGGUGAUGAAAAUAACUCUUAUUUUCAUGCGUGCAUCAAAAAAAGAAGGAAAGAGAAUCAGAUAGUUUCUUUUAUGAAUGACCAAGGGGACAUUAUUGAUGAUUAUAAUGCAGUAGUGCAUCACUUCCUAGAUCAUUUCAGAAGCUAUAUGGGCAGUCACAGUUCUGCUACUAGUUUGGUUAAAACAUAUUGCAUUGAGUUGGGGCCUUGCUUAGAUAUUGAUAAGCAGCUGGGAUUAAUUACAGAAUUUACUAAAGCUGAUGUCAAGAAAGCGUUGUUUAGUAUUCCUGGUACAAAGAGUCCAGGCCUGGAUGGUUACAAUUCAGAAUUUUACAAAGCUAUGUGGAAGCAAAUUGGUGAUGAAAUCUCAGUGGCUGUGCUGGAUUUUUUCUCUUCUGGGAGGAUACCUGUUGAGCUCAAUAAAACAGUAUUGGCUUUAGUCCCAAAAACGGAUAUCCCUAGCAGGGCAAUAGAUUAUAGACCCAUAGCUUGCUGCAAUACUCUUUAUAAAUGCAUUUCUAAAAUGCUUUGCAGUAGGCUUUCGGAAGUUCUUCCCUCUCUAAUUAGUCCCAAUCAGGGUGCCUUUAUUAGAGGGAGAUCACUAGCUCACAAUAUCCUAAUUUUUCAGGAUUUGAUUAAGAAUUACAAUAGAAGGAAUACUUCCCCGAGAAGUGUUUUGAAGAUAGAUCUAAGUAAGUCCUACGAUACAGUUGACUGGGGUUUUUUGGAGAGGUUAUUAAUCAGCCUGCGAUUUCCUCCCAGGCUUAUUCAUUGGGUGAUGGUUUGUCUCAGAGCUAACCGUGGCUCUAUUCAGAUUAUAAAGCAGGUUUUUGAUGACUUUUGCAACAGUUCUGGUAUGAAGACCAAUCUUAGUAAGUCACAAGUAUUUUUUGGUGGUAUUUCAGCUCAAGACAAGGUUCAGUUACAACAGCUAUUACAACUUGAAGAGGGCACCUUCCCCCUCAAAUAUCUUGGGAUUCCUAUGAGACCUACAAAGUGGAAAGAGGUUGACUGUGGUGAAAUUCUUAAAAAAAUUAAGCUUAGGCUUCACACUUGGACUAGUAGACAUUUAUCAUAA